AUGCUGCGCCAUUCGCUUCUCGUCCUCGCCUUCAUCGCCGUGGCCGCUUCCCUGGAAUGCUACACGCACACCGGCGACGUCGAGCAGACUUCGGGACAGGCGGAGCGCGCGUGUUACACGGAGGAGGACUGCGCGGCCCGCGAAAAGCAGGGCCGCGGCCAGUGCUGCGCAACGAGCCUGUGCAACUUGGUCCCGAUCGUUCAGCAUGAGGCACCGGCUCCCACCUCGGUCAUCAACAAGCUCAGCCCCGUCAUCGUGUUCAUCUACCUGGCCACCGUCUCCCUAAUCGGCGCCAUGAUUUUCAUUGCG